AUGGCUCAUGAUCGGACGCACUGUACGACCUGUAGAGUGUACGACGGUACGACGUUCCAUGGAGCAGUCCAGCUGGAAGACUUGGAGUGGAGCUUCGGGUACUGCGAAAGUGGAACCGGCGUUUACUGCUGUCGCGCACGCAGCAAUAGCCUUUACACGUUCAGGGAGCACAUUGAGUUGGGUGCGACACGGAAGACAAAGCAGGAGGUGCGACUCGGGACUGGUGACGGGGUGGCGUCGGUGGUGGCUGCGGUGGUAGUGGUAGUGGUGGUGGUGGCGGCAGUUGUGGCGGGUGGUGGGGGUGGUUCGAUUCGGGAGAUCCUGAGCCGCUUCAAACGCGCCUGGCCGGGGUCCUCGUACGACUUGUUGCAACGGAACUGCUGUCACUUUUGUGAGGACCUGUGUCUUGCGUUGGAGGUACCCAGUCCACCGGCCUGGUUGAAUCGCUUCGCACAGGGCGCCGAUGCCACUGUCAAAUUCACCAACGAGGCAUCGGCCUUGACGUCCGCGUUGACAGCAGCGCAACAGGGAGGGGCAAGUCGGUCGCCGCCGCCGUCGGCAGCGGCAGCAGCGACACCGGCGCAGCAGCAGCAGCAGCAGUCUGCCGCCGGGCAGUCAUCACCCCUGGCGGCGGCGCUGCGGCAGAAGUGGCUGGAGUUGGAGGCGUCUGCGGGGGACGGCACGAAGCAGUUUUUGCUUGGCCUGGUCAAGACACGCCAGACGCGACUCGCGGAGGAGGAAGAGGUCGCCUCGCCUGCAGGCGCUGGAGGGAGCUAUAGCGCCGCUGCUGAAGGUGGCCAGACGUCUCGGUCACCGAGGUCUGAAGGUGGCCGAGACGUCUGGCCGGUGACAACGGCGACCCACGGGUCACACGGCAUGAUGGCCUAUGCGGGCCCGUUGUCGGUGGCGCCGGCUGCGGCGGCGGCGGCGGCGGCAGCAGUUCACGACGAGUCUACGCGGCCGCCGGCACUGCAGCUCAUCAGCCACAGCCUGAUGUCGCCGGACGUGUUGGUGGGCGCGUCGGGGCUCAGCGCCGCCGCCGCCGCCGCUUCCACCGCCGUCGUCGGCGUAGAAGCAGGUGUUGUGUCGGCGGAGUCGCCGGCGGCGGCGGCGGGUGCGGAAAGCCCGCCUACUUCAGGAAGUACGGGACCGAGGGCGACGGCAUCGGCGUCGGCGUCGGUGACGCAAGCUCGGCACCUCUUGGACAUGUGA